GCUAUUUAGUAUUUACAGCCUUUUUGCAGGGUGCAAAGUGUACAAUAUCCUAAAAGAUUUUAGCAAAUAAAUUAUCAUGAUACAAUCUUCCAAGUUCAUAUCUAUCAGAAUCAGUAAUUGAUGCAUCAUCUAAUGUGGUCAAAUUACUUAACUAUCAUUGUUGUUUGCCAAAUUAGUGGUACAUUUGUUUUUUUAGAUGAUUAAUACCUCUAGAAAACACAAAAUCAGACAAAAUUUAGUAUUUAUGCAACCUAUAAUCUAAAAAUAAAGAUUAGUUUACAAGAAAAUAAUUUGAUACCCUUCAAUGAAAGAUAACCCAUAAGUUGAUACACAGAAGCUCAUAACACAAUCACAUAAGAACUUUUCUUCAUAAAUGUUGCCUUCAUAAAUCAUUAGUAUUAUUGUGAACAACAAUAUAACGCUCAUACUCAAGUAGUCAAGUGGGUUCCUUUUAACUUCAAAAGUGAUAUAAAUUCUUAAAACUUGAAGAAAAUCUAGUUGCAUUAGUUUCGUCAUAGAUACUAAAAAGAAAAGUGUUGGUAAAUUUGUGGCAGAAGUCACAAAACCCUUAGCGAUUUUUGAUAGUAAAACUUCUAGGUUUUGAUUUUAGAAGUCCAUGUGUGUAUCUUCAAAUUGAAAAAGGAUGUAGAGAGUAAAUUGUUCUCGACGCAGAUCUGCAGUCGAACAAAAACACUUGUUGUCCCCAACUAUUGAACCCUAAUUUUGAAAAAGAAAGGGGAGAAAAAGAACCACAAACGUUGCACCGUUGAAACCUUGAUACAUACAAUUAAUCACUCCAUUCCUAUUUUUCAAAUUACAAUUUCACAAAUGAACCAACAGUAAGAGGGCAUUAAGUUUAUCGAGAAAAACAAGUAAUUCGUUACUACAAAAGUGGAAGAAAUUCGUAGGAUUUAGUGUAAUUGUGUGUGGCAUGAAGGGAAUGUUACCAAGGCACAGCUCUGAAGAAGAGGGGUGUUGGCGAAUUGAUGGAGAUAUCAGUGAAGCAUUUCGUCGAACGAUUGGCCGGCCAUUGAAACAAUAAGACAUGGGUACCUCACAAAAGGACACAAAUCAUCCGUAUUCAAUGCAAACCGAAUAAACAAUUCUUAUCAUCAUUUCAAACAAUGGUUAUGAAGAAGUUUGAAGAAACAAUAGCAGCAAAAGAUUCAACCGAAAAUGGGAAUUCAUCAUCUUUAAUGGAAGAAAUUUCAAACAAAAAGCAACGAAUUGAAGGACCUUUUGUGAUGCCACUUAUAUCAAUUCCUAAACUUGAAGAACAAAGUUCAAAUGCAUCGAUAGUUUUAUCUGGAACUGCUAAAAAAGGCGAAAUCGGACCACCUUUAGGAACAGUGGAUAUCGGUGUAAGCAAAAGCGCGUAUUUUUUUCAAGUUGCACUACCUGGUGUCAAGAAAGAUCCUGUUUACCAUUUUGAUCUCGCAGGUCAAUUUAGCUGUGAGAUUGAACGGGGCGGGAUGGUUCAUGUGAGAGGAGAAACAUCAACAGGUGGGAAAACCGUAACGAGACAUUCACGGGUUUUUGAAAUGAAAUUUCAACAGCAAUCGCCACCUGGACAGUUUUCUUUGUCUUUUAGUCUACCUGGACCUGUGGACCCCAGGCUGUUUUAUCCUAAUUUUAGAUCAGAUGGCAUCUUUGAAGCUAUUGUUAUGAAAUGCGAAGAGUAAAGUUUGUGUGGACUAUUUUACCCUUUUCAAUUAAGCACUUGUAUUGUACAGGGAUGAAGAUGAUGUUUGUUGUUUGGGAUAGGCUGAAGGUUGUAGCUAUUUCUAAACUGUUUUGAGGGGAACUUGUUUUUUACUUAAUGGGCUUAAAAAUAUUAAUCAUAUAUAAGACACUUGUUUUGAACAAA